UCUAUACGCAACGGCGCCUACGAAGAGCUCGCCUGCUCGCUCAGGGUUUCACGCGCUUUCCUCCGCCUAUUUAUGUGAGCGCGCGCGAGGUUUCUCACUCCCUCGCUUUCUCUCUCUGUUUCUGAAGAUCGGAGCGAGCGAGCUAAAACCCUAGAUAUUUUUCUAUUUUUGUUGCGGUGAAAUAGGUAUUACUUCUGGGACGUGAUCGAACUUGGUGCUAUUUGAAGUUCAUUUAGCAGCAUUAGUUUCGAUUACCUUCUCAGGCAUCGUAAUACCCCAACCUUCCCUACUGCAUAAGUUUGCUUUAUGGAAUAACAGUUCCAUGGGCCUUCCAAUGAGCUUUAUGCUGAGGAAUUAUGAAUAUCAAUGACAAUAUUGGGAUAAAGGCUUGAUGAUGAUGAUGUUGUUGUUGUUGUUCUAAUGACAAUGUUGAGGAAUAAUUGUCUUGUUUGAUGUUUCUAUCAUGGCUACCAUACGGCAAUGCAUCAGAAGCCGUGAACUUAUUUCUUGGAUAUAUUACUUGCAGUUUUUUUUAAGACUUUGGGAAUGGAUCGUCAUGAGGCAGCAGGUUUCUUAAGUAGAGGCUAUAAACACUAUUUUUAAGCCUUCUUCCCCAUCAGCGAGUGACAUUUUGGUUGAAUUACUGGCUUGUUUUUGGUUGAAGUGAUCGCUGUACUUUUCAGUGUUGGUAAUGAGUAACAUUUCUAAGCACUUGGGACUUGCUGGCAAUGCGGCAUCUCUAAAUAGUCCUGAAAAAUGGAUCAAUUUUCAGUCGGAGGUUGGAUCUCAAACACUCACUAAAGUGCGACUUUUCUCCUUCGGCCCCUCUAAUGAAGGGACAAAGAGGAAGCGGAAGGAUAUUGAUGGAGAUACGGUUUCAGGCCGUGCCCCACUGGUGCCAGUUUUGCCAUAUUCACCGAAUCCCCCGGAGAGCAGUAACAAGAACAGCUCAACUUUGAGCUUGGCCUUUUCACCCUAUGUGGCUGAUGAAGAAUUCUCUGUGAAUCAAGACUUGAACUUACAACUUAAACAUAUCUCACGCAAUAUGGUUAGUAAACCCUCCGUUAAUCUUGAGUUAAGUCUAUCUUUUGGACCAGCAAUAUCAGCUAUUACAAGUGAAGUUGAAACCCCUGUGCCUGGAUUCUACAUGGCUCAUGGUGGAGGACAAAGAUGUCAAAAUGGAGCUGAAGGAAAGACCACGCACUUUCAGUUGCAUGGAGGUGGCAGACAUGGUGAGCGUGGUCGCCAUUGCAGAGAAGUUGGAUGCACUAAAGUUUCAAGAGGUAAGUCUGGAUUUUGCAUUAAACAUGGAGGUGGCAGGAGGUGCAAAAAGGAGGAGUGCACUAACGGUGCCGCCGGUGGAUCUGGUUUUUGCAUUGCACAUGGUGGAGGCCGGCGUUGCUGUACACCGGAAUGCACAAAGGGUGCACAGGGCAGCACCAAGUUUUGUAAAGCUCACGGUGGGGGGAAGAGAUGCAGUAUUUCGAGCUGCGGCAAAGGUGCAGAAGGUAGCACACCCUUCUGUAAACGCCAUGGCGGAGGGAAGCGUUGCUUGUUCCAAGGCGGCGGUAAUAAGUGUUCUAAGAGUGUGCGCGGCGGGACUCAAUUCUGUGUUGCCCAUGGCGGGGGGAAGAGGUGCGCUAAUCCGGGAUGCCGUAAGAGCGCGCGUGGCCGAACGGAUUACUGUGUCCGCCAUGGAGGAGGGAAAAGAUGCCAGCUUGACGGGUGUGGUAAGAGUGCCCAGGGCAGCACUGAUUUCUGCAAGGCUCAUGGUGGCGGUAGAAGGUGCUCAUGGGUUGUUUCCGAUGGGACCUCAUGCAACCGGCUUUCCAGCGGCAAGGUUGGCCUUUGUGCUGCUCAUAGCGCUCUGGUGCAAGACCUCCGGGUUCAUGGCGGUGAGACCAUGGGAAGUCCCGCCUCUCAGAAACCAGCUGGUGACGAUUCUUGUUUAUUUAUUAUUCCGGCGAAGCCUGAAGGGGUUUCUCUUACAGAAGGGACGGUUCAUGGUGGAAGCCUGAUGGAAUUUCUAGCGAAGGGAGUUCCCCUAAACCAGCAUGAGAACCGGGCUGAAGAGGGCAGCACUUAUGAACGAGAAUCAUCUCAUACCACUAUGGAUGCUUUUAAGCAAUUAAGCUUAUGUCCUGGAUUUAUUUAUAAAUCUGGGUUCUGAAUGUGUUUUCAACGGCUACUUUCUUUUGCUGAUGGCAAGUAUGUUCUCUUAUCAAUUACUUUGCUUGUUAAUAUCUUAUUAAAGUAUGGGAUCUAAGGACUUUUGCAAUUUUUCUUCUUCUUUUUUUUUUUCUUGGACUAUGUAAUUGUACUUAUGAGGAGCUUUUCAAUGUAUAUAUUGUACAUAUUUGAACAUGUACUUUUGUUUGUUU